AGUCUCAAUUUAAAUAUUGAAUGGGAAACAUGUUACGAUUAAAUAAAGUAAAAGUUUGCGAAUCUCUGAAAGGAGUUUUUCGCUUUAAGCAUACAAGUCGAAUAAUCGCAAUCAGACGUGAAGAUCAAUCAGUUUGGGAACGUCGAGCACCAUUUUCACCAUCAAUUGUGAAACGUCUUGUAAAUAGUGGAGUUAAAGUUAUUGUCCAGCCAUCAAAUCGUCGAGCUUAUCCUAUGCAGGCGUACUUGAAUGCUGGCGCUGUCAUUAAUGAAGACAUAAGUGAAGCUUCUGUGAUUUUUGGGGUGAAGCAAGUGCCAGUAGAUUCUUUGAUCCCAGGAAAGACUUAUUGCAUGUUCUCACAUACAAUUAAAGCGCAAGAGUCAAACAUGCCACUUCUUGACGCAAUUAUCGAGAAGAACAUUCGCCUUGUCGAUUAUGAAAAAUUAAUGGACAGAAAUGGUUUACGUUUGGUUGCAUUUGGGAAAUAUGCGGGCGUUGCUGGAAUGGUAAAUAUUUUACACGGACUUGGACUUCGUCUUCUUGCACUCGGUCAUCAUACACCAUUCAUGCAAAUCUCACCAGCUCAUAAUUACCGAAAUUCAAUGAUGGCAAGACAAGCUGUCAGAGAUUGUGGAUACGAAAUUUCUUUAGGCAUGAUGCCCAAAUCUAUUGGUCCAAUCACAUUCAUUUUCACUGGAAGUGGAAAUGUUUCUCAAGGCGCACAGGAAAUAUUUCAGGAACUUCCAAUUGAAUAUGUUCCACCAGAUAUGUUGAGAAAAGUCUCUGAACACGGCAGUCCUAAUAAACUUUACGGUUGUGAAGUGUCACGUUCAGAUCAUUUAGAGAGAAGCGAAGGUGGUGGGUUUGAUCCGGUCGAAUAUGAACAAUUCCCUGAGCGUUACAUAUCAACAUUCAACAAGACAAUUGCACCUUACGCUUCAGUUAUAAUAAACGGAAUUUAUUGGGCUGUUGGGUCACCCAAAUUAAUAACAAUUCCUGAUGCCAAAAAUCUUCUUCGACCAGCGAACACACCUUGGUUGCCAUCAUCAACUGGUGCACCAUCGUUACCUCACAGAAUGCUUGCAAUUUGUGAUAUUUCAGCUGAUCCCGGUGGAUCAAUCGAAUUCAUGAACGAAUGUACAACGAUUGACACACCAUUUGCACUGUACGAUGCUGAUCGAAACAAAGACACAAAAAGCUUUAAGGGACCAGGCGUAUUAGUUUGUUCUAUUGACAAUAUGCCAACACAACUGCCAACUGAAGCGACAGACUAUUUUGGUGACCUUUUAUAUCCAUACGCAAUAAAUAUUCUUGAUUCUGACCCUUCAAAACCUCUAGAAGAUCAUAAAUUCCUUCCAGAAGUUGAAGGUGCAAUAAUUGCAAGUAAUGGGAAGUUGACACCAAACUUCGAAUACAUAAAUGAACUUCGUGAACAGAAUAAUCGAUCGAAACACAAGACAAUGGAAGGGUCGGAUGUUGGUAGAAAACGCGUAUUGAUUCUGGGUGCUGGCAUGGUGUCAGCUCCAUUAGUUGAAUAUUUAAGUCGGGACAAUGACAUCAAUAUGAAAGUUUGUUCGCACUUGAAAGACGAGUCUGAUCGGCUUGCACAACGCUACAAGAAUGUUGAAUCACUUUAUAUGAACGUGUCGGAAAAUCAAGAUCAUUUAGCUCAAUUAUGUGAAGAAGCUGAUUGUGUGGUUUCUCUUCUUCCGUAUGGACUUCACGGCCUUGUAGCGAAAUAUUGUGUAGAGGGAAAGACGCAUUUAGUGACUGCAAGUUACGAGUCACCAGCAGUUCGACAAUGGCACGAAGAAGCAAAAUCUGCUGGUGUUACAAUUCUCAAUGAAUGUGGACUUGAUCCAGGAAUUGAUCAUCUUCUCGCAAUGGAAUGUUUCGAUGAUGUCAAAGAACAAGGCGGCGUCAUUGAAUCUUUUGUCAGCUUCUGUGGUGGUUUACCAGCUCCAGAAUUUUCUGACAAUCCUCUUCGAUAUAAAUUUUCUUGGUCACCUCGUGGAGCUCUCGUUACAACAAUGUCGCAUGCAAAAUAUUUAAAUCGUGGUCAAAUCGUUGAAAUUAACGGUGGGGGUGAUUUGAUGUCAUGUCCAAGAGAUCUCGAUUUUCUUCCUGGUUUCGCUCUCGAAGGUUUCCCUAAUCGUGACUCAACCAAUUAUGCUCAGCUUUAUGGUUUAGGUCCACAAAUUCAAACAGUUUUACGUGGCACAUUGAGAUAUAAAGGAUUCUCUGAAUGUGCAAAAACAAUUCAAUUGCUUGGAUUAAUUGACACACAACCACAUCCUAUGCUUCACCCAUCUGGUCCCGAAGUAACAUGGCGUCAAUUGAUUGUGAAUUUACUUGGACUAACUGACGAAGAUAUUUUCUAUGAGAACUUGAAAAUGAAGCUAGCCGAUCGUGUUGGCAAUAGCGAUUAUAUUGAAAAACUGGGCUUAUUGGACAAAACACAAAUCGUAAAGCAAGGAACGCCAAUUGAUACGCUGAGUUAUUACUUGUCAAAGAGACUCGCGUAUGAGCCUCACGAACGCGACAUCAUCAUUCUACGUCACGAAAUUGGAAUUCGAUGGCACGAUGGAAGACGUGAAGAGCGAGGAAUAAACUUUGUUGUUUAUGGCGAGCCUGCUAUUACAAAUAGACAUUCAGCGAUGGCAUUAACGGUUGGCUUUCCAGCUGCUAUCGCAGCUAAAAUGAUAAUCGAUGGGGAGAUUCAAGAGCGAGGCGUCAUUCUUCCAUUUACACCCGAUAUUUACCGACCAAUGUUGACACGAUUGAGAGCCGAGGGACUCGAAGCAACGGAAAUUAUUAAAGAGCUUUAAAUAAUUGACAAAAACCUAAUGUGACGUGACAUGACGUAAUUUAAAGUGUUAUGUCGUGAUGUUCGCAGAUAGAAGAACAUUUAUGGAUGUCGUUCUAUUUUCCAAAUCUCUCCUUUUAUGAGAUUCAUGUAACUUAUCAAUUUUUCUUUUAUUUUGUUUAUUUACGAUAUAUACUUGAAGCAAAUAAAGAUUUUUAUAUCUUUUGAUAUUGAAGCUUUUCCGUGUAUGAUAAGCAGAAAAGUGAAGCCAAAUU